UUUUCUAUUUUUUUUAACAGGAGCUAGUCAGAUACAUUAACUACAUUGUAAGUCAUUGUAUAGGUUUAUUAACUAUACAUUGAAUUAUUUUUUUUGAAGCAUAGUGUAAAGGAUAACAGUGUUUUUCUAGGUUAAAUGUAUUUAUCCGUAUUAAAGAGUUUCAUAUAGUUGGUUUGAAUAUGAAUUUAUAAAUAAAAAUAAGUUUUUUAGUCAAUUUUGUGGAAUUGAAUAAGCCUCAACUCCUAAUUUUAAAAAUCCAAAUUUGAAUACAAGAGUUUGCGGUUGUUUUUAUGGGUGAAUUUCAGCAAUAUUUAAUAUUUUCCUUGCCCAAAGAAAAAAAAAUAAAAAUGAAAGUUCAAUAAAUGGAAGGAAGUAUUGAAUUUUAUGUUGUGGUAAGUGGUAACUAUUGAGAAGGCACAAGAGAAAGGAAUCAAGAUAUGAUGUCAAUAAUCGAGCAUGUGGUGUUGUUCAAGAUCAAAGAAGACGCAACACAAUCACAGAUCGAUUCCAUGGUAGAUCGAGUUAAUUCCCUCGUUUCCCUCAAAGAGACACUUCACCUCAACAUGCUAACUAUUCAAUCUUCUUUUUCUUCUUCUUCUUCUUCCAGUUUCACUCACAUACUCCAUAUCCGAUUCACCUCCAAGGAAGAUCUCCAUGCCUAUGCCAUUCACCCUACCCACCUUGAAGUCAUCAAAGUCAACGCUCCUUUGGUUUCUGAUAUCAUGGCUGUUGAUUGGGUCACCGAGGUUGACGGUAACGACUUGGUUCUACCAUAUGGAUCUGCUGUGAGAGUUGUGUUUUUUAAGUUGAAGGAGGGUUUGAGUGAACAAGUUAAAGAUGAGGUUUUGAAGGGUAUAAGUGGAAUUCGACAUGAAAAUGCUGUUCAGUUUACUUGUGGGGAAAAUUUCUCUCCUGCUAGAGCUAAAGGAUUUUCCAUUGCUACCCUUGAGGUUUUUACUGGUUUAAGUGAAUUGAAAGAGUUGAAAGAAGUUGAUUAUGAUGAGGAAUUUCGGAAAUAUGAUGUCAAUGAUAAGAUUAAGGAGAAUCUGGACAAUGUACUGGUUCUUUAUUUUGUGGCAAAUGGGCAAAUAGCUUCUUAACAAAGUUUUCUGUUUUGUUUUUAAUUUGGUCUUUUUAUAGAUUGUGUCAAAAAAUAAAAUAAUGUAAGGGUCGUUUGCUAUAAAUGUAGUUUAAUAUCUUAUGCUUAUUAUGUAUUGUAAGAUACCAUCCUGUCAAAAAAAAUAAUAUUGUAAAGAUACCUCUUGUACUCAUAAGUUUUGUUCUGUUCACUCUAAUGAAACCGUAGUCUCCUUUGUA